GCAACCUGUAUCCUUGAGCAGCGGGCGCUCACACAACAGUUCUCAUGCUACUUGCAAGCAGCGCAUUUGAAGGAGCCCCGGCAACGUGCACAGAGGAUGAACGAACCCUACAGCCCUGCGACGCCCCGACCCAUCGGCAGCACCUCGCCCGGCACCAUGAAAAUGUUCAUGGGCUUCCUUGCUGUAUUUAUUGUAGCACAGACGAUUGGGACCGUACUCUUCUGUUUGUAUCUUCACAUGAAGAUGGAUAAGAUGGAAGACGUGUUGAGCUUAAAUGAAGAUUACAUCUUCCUGAGGAAAGUACAGAAAUGUCAGACGGCAGAAGGUCAGAAGUCGACAUUAUUGGACUGUGAAAAGGUUUUAAAGGGCUUCCAGAACCUCCAGUGCAAGGACGGGGGAGCCAGCAAGGGGCAGCCCAAGUUUGAAAUGCAGAGAGGCCAUGAGCAUCCCCGUCUGAUGCACAAGAACGAGACGGCUGUGGCAGGGGAGAAGAGGCAGCCGGUCGCAGCCCACCUGGCAGGUCAGAAGAGCAGCAAGUCCGUCUCAGUGCUAGAGUGGAAGACGACGAUAUAUGGCCCCAUGAACAACAACUCGAUAUCCUACCAGGAGGGGAAACUGAAGGUGAAGGAAGCAGGGCUCUACUACAUCUACUCCCAAGUCAGCUUCUGCACCAAGGCAGCCACUUCGGCACCCUUCACCCUCUAUAUUUAUUUGUAUCUCCCCAUGGAAGAGGACCGGCUCUUGCUGAAGGGACUAAACACACACAGCACCUCCACAUCUUUCUGCGACCUCCAGUCCAUCCGGGAGGGAGGUGUCUUCAAGCUCCGGGAAGGCGACAUGGUCUUUGUCAACGUGACAGACUCAACGCGAGUGAACUACAACCAUGGCAGCACCUACUUUGGCAUCUUCAAGCUGUAGUGAGGAGGGGGCUGCCCCGAGCUGGGGGUCCAGCCCCACUUUGUUGAGCAAAGUGGCUUUCCCUGUUUCCCGUAUUUAUGUUCCUCUGCCUCUUUGGUUUUCUUGUUUCUUAAUUUGUAUAUUUUGUUAUUUAUUAAUGAGGGCCAAGGGGCCCUGAGAACACAAAUGGAACAAAGUAUGAAGCUGUUGUUGUUUGCACUUUGCUUUUUUCUUUCAUUGCCAACGGUUUGGUACAUGCUGGUGUUGUGUGUCUGGGUCCACCAUGCCCCACACACCUGGCAGGGUGGAUGUCCCCAUUAUGUCACGAGAGCUUUAUUUAGCAAAUUCUACCAUCAACGUUUCUUUCCUAAGAAUGUAGGAUGGCUCAGGGUGCUCCAGCCAAGCUAGGUUCAUGCGUAUCUCCCGUACCAAUCUGCUUACAAAACAUCAACGGAAAAACAUUAAACGGCUUAGGAACGUCUCCCCUAAAGGAAUUAAUCAGCCAAGUGCUGUCCUUACGUGGUAGCUGCUGGUGAUGCAUUGUUGCCACCCUAACUGUCUGCUUUAUCUCCAGAACCCCCUUUUUUCCACCCGUGCCUAGCUAUGAAACUCAAGCAGCCUUCUUGCUUAGGGUGACACUGUCUUGGCCAGGUUCACCGCUCUGCAUCAGAGGGGUGGUCACUGAUUUCAACCCAGACCACUGGUAAGGCGCUGGUGGUGCUCUGUUCUUGGUGAACCAAAUCUGCUUGCGCGACUGUCCUCCUCCCACUGCUGCAGGUAGGGGACACUCUGCCUGUGGACUGUUUCACUAGCCUGUGGAAGGGACAUUGGCCACCACUGUCAAUUUGGACCUGUCUCCUCUUCUGAGACCUCUCCUUCCCUGGGGAGGACUGGGAAAGUCCAGGAGUGGCAGGACCGACCGCUUCUUUCCAAGGCCUUCGAGAUGUAUGUGCAGAGCAUCUUCUGGCUGUCCUCAGUGAGAAUGUGUCCACAGCAGCACCUUUCCUGUUCUGUGAGGAAAGGCUGAGAGAAUUGGGGGUGGUCAGCCUGGUGAAGAGAAGGCUCCCGGGAGACCUUAGAGCCCCUUUCAGUCCCUA